AUUGUGCAUACUCUUAUACCUGCAUAUCAUCCACAGUCAAACGGUAUGGCUGAGCGUUCUCUUUAGACAUUUAAACAAGCUAUAAAUAAGAUGUUGGCGGAUAAAGAGGACACUUCUACUGUUGCCAACAAAAUACAACGUUUUCUGUUGACAUAUCGUGCAACUCCACACAGUAGAACUGCCAAGUCUCCUGCCGAGCUUUUCCUGGGUCGUGGCAUUAGAACAACAUUGGAUCUAUUACACCCCAGCACAUCUUCCCAUGUCACAAAAAAGCAAGCCUCACAGAAAUUCGAUCAUGACCGUGCACACUAUCGGUAUUGUACAUUUGAGCCUGACCAAAUAGUAUGGGUACGCUCACACAAACCAAAUCAGAAAUGGAUCCAGGGCAAGUUAGUUAAACCAAAAGGUUUUAAUACAGGGAUUGUACAGAUCUCUGGGAAGUUGUUCCUUGCUCAUAACGAUCAACUUCGCUCCUGUUUAGUUAUUGAUAAUGAUUCAACUAUAGAUGAAAUUCCAACGAGUCUCAUAAUUGUAACGAACUGUUCCCCUACAGUGAUGCUAACCAAUACAUAACCCCGAACUGUCAUGCUAACCUAAAUACCCUUUCCAAGUGUGACAUUAACCAAGAUUCUAGGUCAUCUACCAAUUAGCCAUCCUGUAUAGACGACAAUUUAACCCUAAGUGAUAACACAAGUGUAAUUGAUGAACCUAAGUGUAUAGAUAAUU